CUUGCAUUCAAUUUCUUUUUUUCUUUUAGUUCCCUCGGCCCUCCUUGCGACGCGCCUAGUAGACCUAAUAUCCUUAUCCAUUAGGCCAUUCAUUUAUUCUUAAGAGCACUACUGAAUAUAUCCUACCGUCCCAUACGAUCCAUACCUAUACAUAAAACUUUGCUCGAGAAAGCUACCUGUAGAGUCGCGACAAGAUGGCGACACCAACGCCCCCCAAAAGCAUGUCUUCAAGACUACUAACUAUGAAGUUCAUGCAAAGAGCUGUCGCCUCGCCCUCCUCCCCAUCAUCCGCCACGUCAACUCCAGACGAGCAAGCCUCUAAGCGACGUAAGGUGUCGCACAAUCCAGCGAAGCGUGAUAAUACCAAUUCCCUAGCACAUAUAGACCAAUCCGCAGUACAAGCCGCGAUUGCUGAUCAGGAGAGGAAGCGCCAGGAAGCUGUGGUACAAAAUGCUGCUAAGCUGGGAGACGCAUAUUGGGUGCUUGACAUGCCAGAGGAGACAACAAAUUCUAACCGUGGAAUACAAACACCUCUGCAUGUAGUUCAAGUUGGAUUUGCACAGAUUGAUUCCCAUAUUGAUGCCUCUGAUGCUGCUGGCUUUGAUGACUUUGAAUCAACUGACGCCUCGCACGUGAGAACCCCAAUAGUUAGACGGUAUAAUAUGGAUAACAAGAAGGUGUCGAAGGACAGCGAGUCUGAAAGUGACGAUUCUAGCUCUGAGUCAGACUCUGACGACUCUUCGGGAGAUAAUGAACGUGGCCGACAUUCUUAUGGCCAAAAGUCGGAAGGACGGUCGGAAUCAUCUCGUCCAGCCUUGAAAAGCCAGAGAAGUGCCGAACAAGUUAAAGCUAAGCAGUUUGCCGAGAAACGGAGGAAGAAGGAGGUUAAGUUGAAUGGUGUUAAGUCAUCUCCUGCCUCUGGCGGCCCAUUAUCCAUAUCCUCAGGAGGUGGUACUUCACAACGACAGCCCAUGGACUUCACUUGUCAUCGCUGUGGCAGACCGGGCCAUAAAAUUUCUCAGUGCAAGAAUGCUCCUAAGCGGCCAACAAAUUAAAAUCCGCGCAUAGUGUCUAUUUACAGGCGUUGCUUUACAUAAUGGUAUGUGCUAGCCCUUAGUUUCUAGAUGUGGUUUCACUCUCAGGGCCAAGGCAAGUACAUCGGAUAUGUUGCCACAUGGGCAAUUUUGCUCUUCACUGCAAAAUUAUUCACGUUGACAUGCUCUCGGAAUAUGGCAAUUCUAUCUAAUUGGAUAGAUCUACUAAGCAGAGCCAAAAAGGAGCACAAGACGUACCUGUUUGCAUUAUCCUCUUUGUCCGUCCUAGCUAUAGCGUUAUAUACGUGGAUCUCUGGGGCAGACUUCACACGCAGAAUUAGAGGGAUUAUAUACGGGUGGCUACUAGCGCUAGGUACUGUUAUAGGUAGAUUCACCCCUGAAAGGAGAUGUGAUAUCGAAACCUAUCUCUUAGAAUCCUAGGACUAAGCCGAUCAAGCAAGGUCACCCC